AUGUCUGAUAACGUUCCACUGCGCAAUCAAGAGUCUUGCGUCGAUGACGAUUAUUACAUGAUCGAUGUUUUCACUUAUGCACGACCGGCAACAAAUGGCGAGACAGGAUCACUGCACCAACUGGUCAUGUACGUCACCAGGGCCUUGGAGGAUUCUGGCCGCCUUGAUAUUCUACGAGAGAAGCAGCGUGACCAAAACAUGAUGAAGAUAUACUCAAACAGUUUCCGAUGGAAGAAGACCCAAGGGGAAAACAUUAUAGCACAAUUGUUCUUAGGAGGCUUUCACGCUGACGGAAAUAUUGAAAGAAAGAAGGUCGACCAUAUGAAACUGGCAGAGAAUGUCGUCUUCACCUUGCCAGUCAGUGACGCCUCCAAAAUGAAAGUGAAAGGAGACUUAUUGAAUGAAGAUGGAAAGAUGAUCUUGGAGAUUGGGGAUAUGAACGUGAACCUUUUCAAGUUUCAAGACGGUGAAACACGAGCUGGGAUAGAGCACGAGUAUAGUGGCAAUGAGGCAGUUGAACAAGAUGUAGCCACAUGAUGUCAAUUCUAACUAGUCUGUAGUAAGUUUUUUUUCUUUAGUAGAGUAGAUUUGCAUACGUAGAGGUUAUCACUUCAUUUUAUAUGAGGGGACUUCCUCUAAUAUAGCGAUCAAAAUCUUUUUCUGUUAUUUUGUCUUACUUUAUAUUCCUUUUUUACAUGCUAGAAACCAUAUUUAGCUUUUUUAACCCUAUUGCUACUUCGAAAGUUUUUCCUUGUGCUUUUGGAGGGCGGAACCUGAACCCUACAGAGAUCUUAAUUUACAGGUUGAGGUGAAAGAGCUGAGUUUGGUUUGUUAAACAUAUAAGUACCUAUAUCAGGAUUUUUGUUUGAUAUAAUCAGCUUUGCUUUAGAGAGAGAAUGGCAAAAUCGUUGAGAUUCAGCCCCACCCAUUCUCAGCUAAUAUAGAAAGUUGAAUUCGUACUCGUAAAGGUUUUCUCUUAAAGAAUUUGUCGAGAAGAUAAGUCGGUUUCCUCUUAGUGAUUUUUUUCUAGCUUUUUGUUAUUCGUGGAGCUAAAAUUGAGCUGUCGUAGGGACGAGAGUAAAAUAAUCGAUAUUGACUGUAAGUAUAUGGACUGACUAGGUAAGUUAAAACUUUGAGCGACAUAAUUCCUUUUUGUUCGUUACUUCAGUUGAAAUUGAAUAAGGAGGAUAAUCUUCAUCUUAUAAAUUAAAUU